AUGUACACAGCUCUAGUCGGGUCGUGGCUGGCUCUGGCCGCCACUGUGGCAACUGCCCCAUCCAAGUCGCUGAACUCAAGAGUCUCCAACUCAGGUCCACACGAACUGAGCCGCGUCGUGAUCUUCACCCCUGACGAGAACUACACAGACCCUCAAGUCUUGUACGAGAGGACCGUCCAGCUCCCUAACAACGACCUUCUGGCCACUUGGGAGAACUACUCCCCCGAGCCGCCACCGGUGUACUUCCCCAUCUACCAAUCCAAAGACAGUGGCUCGACUUGGAGUGAGAUUUCCAGGGUCCAGGAUACGGCACUGGGUCAGGGUCUCCGCUACCAACCAUCGCUCUACGUGCUACCGAAGCAAAUCGGCGAAUUUCAGCCAGGGACGUUGCUAUUGGCUGGAUCGUCUAUCCCGACGGAUCUUUCCACCACCCAGCUGGAACUCUAUGCUUCUACCGACAGCGGAGUGACGUGGGAAUUCGUUUCUCACGUAGCCGCUGGUGGUGAAGCAGUCCCGAACAAUGGUCUCACUCCAGUCUGGGAGCCUUUCAUGAUGGUAUAUGAAGAUAAGCUCAUCUACUACUACUCGGACCAACGAGACAACGAAACCUACGGCCAAAAGCUCGUGCACCAAACUUCCACUGACCUGAAGACUUGGGGUCCAGUAGUUGAAGACGUCGCAUACUCAACUUAUACUGAUCGCCCCGGUAUGCCCACCGUUGCUUUGCUUCCUGACGGAAAUUACAUCUAUACGUACGAGUAUGGCGGUGGGCCAAACCCUACAACAACGAGCUACACCUUCCCCGUCUUCUACCGAUUGUCCAAAGAUCCCGAGAAGUUCUUUGACGUUGAGCACCACCCUAUCGUCACCACCGAGGGCACCGUCCCCAACGGCUCGCCGUACGUCGUGUGGUCGUCUGCUGGAGGCGUUAACGGGACCAUCAUCGUCUCGUCCGGGUGCUGUUCUCAGAUUUUCGUCAACAAGGCCCUUGGUGCUGAGGAUGCGUGGGAGAGCGUGAGUACUCCCGAGGGAGUGUCUUAUACAAGGUCUUUGAUGGUCUUCAACGACGACCCGAGCUAUUUGUUGAUUGGGGGUGCUGGCAAGCUACCCCCCGCCGAUGGAAUGAAUCAAGUUACGAUCAGCGUAGUGAAACUGGAUUGA